CAAAAUACAUUACUAAAUAAUAACAUGGCCUCGUCACCUUCUUCUCUAACAUUUACAGUGCGGAGGUGUCAAAUCGAGUUGGUGGCUCCUGCUAUACCCACUCCUCACGAACUUAAACUACUAUCCGACAUAGAUGAUCAAAAUGGCUUCUGGAUGCAGAUUCCGAUGAUACAAAUUUACCGUAACGAACCAUCAAUGGUAGAGAAAGAUCCGGUUGAAGUGAUUCGGAAGGCUCUUGCGCAAACACUUGUGUUCUAUUACCCACUUGCGGGUAGGCUUAGGGAGGGUUCUGGCCGCAAAUUGAUGGUGGAUUGUACAGGUGAGGGCGUCUUGUUCAUUGAAGCUGACGCAGACAUAACACUUGAUGAGUUUGGCGACGCUCUCCAACUUCCAUUCUCGUACUUACAAGAACUACUAUAUGAGGUUCCAGGCUCUCAAGACGUUACUAACACUCCCCUUCUACUCAUACAGGUUACACGACUUAAGUGUGGUGAUUUCAUCUUGGGCUUGCGGUUCAACCACAUCAUUCAGGACGCAGGUGGUCUAUUACAGUUCAUGAGCGCGUGGGCCGAAAUGGCUCGAGGUGCAACCAAACCUUCCAUUUCACCUCUGUGGCGUAGAGAACUCCUAAUGGCAAGAGACCCACCUCGCAUCACAUGCAACCAUCGCGAAUACGACCAAGUCCCACACACCAACAAACGAACCUUCUCUUCCUACGAGGACGACAUGGUUCAUCGAUCAUUCUUCUUUGGACCAGCCGAAAUAGCUACCCUCCGUCGCUUGCUACCACCCCACCUCUGUCGAUGCUCCACGUUUGAUGUCAUCACAGCAUGCUUCUGGCGCUGUCGCACAAAAGCUUUGCAAAUAGAGGCACACGAGGAUGUUCGCAUGAUGUGCACGAUCAACGCACGUGCUAGGUUCAAUCCUCCGUUACCCGUUGGUUAUUACGGCAAUGUUGUUGCGUACCCCGCAGCAGUCACCACUGCAGGGAAGCUUUGUGGAAAUCCAUUCGGGUAUGCUGUGGAGUUAAUAAAUAAAUUGAAAGGUGAGGUGACAGAAGAGUACAUGCAUUCCGUGGCAGAUUUAAUGGUCAUUAAGGGACGAUGCUCAUUUACACGUGUAAGGUCUUGUAUUAUUUCGGAUUUGACACGUGCUAGGUUUAGAGAAGUGGAUUUUGGAUGGGGUCAUGCUGUGUAUGGUGGAGUGGCCCAAGGUGGAGCUGGGUCCUUUCUUGCAGCAACCUAUCAUGUCCCGUAUAAGAAUGCAAAAGGAGAAGAAGGUAUCGUAUUGCCAAUUUGGUUGCCCUCUCAAGCUAUGGAUAGGUUUGUGAAAGAGUUGAAUGACAUGCUUCGGAACCAAAACCAACCAAAAACUAGUAGCCCUUGUUUUAUCACCGCUACCUUAUAGUUUGAAGCUUAUGAAAGUCUUUAUAUAGUGGAAGGGUGAAGAAAAUUUAGUUUGUUAUCAGAAAAAAGUAGUUGUCAAGAGCAUUAUAUUUUGUUUGCUUUUAUUUGUUUACUUUAAAUUAUUAUAUUUCUAUUCAUAAUUACAAAUAUCGUUUUUUUAUUUA